AUGUUCGAUACUAUUUCUCUAAAAUUAUUACUAUCUCUAUGUAUAUUUCUUUUUUCUAUUCAAUCAAUAUUAACACUUCGUUGUUAUGAAUGUAAAGAUUGUACGGAUGUAUCUUGUCCAUGUGAUAAUAUAGUUGAAGUUAAUGCAAAUGAAUCAUAUUGUAUCCUUGCACGAGAAAACUUCCCAAAUGGAAUUACUGUUGAGAUAAAACAUCUACCAAGAAUUUCCGCAACUCAUUAUGAAUAUACUCCAUAUUACAUGUCAGUCGGAGAAAUGAUUACUUAUAAUACAACCAUAGAUAAAUGGUCACAUGAAGCAUUUAAAAUAGUCUAUGCAUGUCAGACAGAUGGAUGUAAUCGACCCGAUUUAUUAAAAGAAUUACCAGCAAAUGGUUUAUCAUUAUCAUUACCUUCUGAUUGGCUUAAUGAAAAUCUUCUACGUAAAACAGAUGAAAAACUGACGAAUUGUUAUGUAUGUCCAGCUGCUACUUUUUGUAGUAAUAAACCAUAUUUUGUUGAUCCAGAUCAAUGUAGUAUUCAAGAAUGUGAAACUUGUACAAUCGAAGAAUCAUUUCAAAACGGUGAAACAACUCAUUAUUGUUAUACAUCGUUUUGUACCACUACGGGCUCUCAAAUACCUUCAGUUACUAUCGAGGCUGUUUAUUAUUUAGAUAACAAAGAAUUUCAAAUUAAUGAAACUGAUAUUAUCUGUCAUGGAGUCAAUUGUAGUCGUUUAGAAAUCUUUCGAGAUAUUAAAGAAAAAAUACAAAAAGAUUAUACUGGUAUCGAACCAUUUUUACCUGGAAAUCAUGUUAAUUCAAUUUAUUCAACAUCAAUGAGUAUUCUAUUAAUGAUGAUAUUUUUUCAAAAUUUGAUUUCUUAUUAG